AUGGAAGAGAAAUCUGAUAUAAAAAUUGAUUCUAAAACCGAAACUACGGCGAAAGCCAAGGUUUCAAAGCCCGGAAAACGUAAAGGUAAAGGCGCCACUCAGCGUAGUACUGAUGCUAUGCGAGAGAGAAAGGGAAGGCCUAUCCUUGACGCUUACAGAGCCGAACUUCGAAGAAAGUUACUAGGUGACGAGACAGGAGAACUUGAAAUUGCACUAACAAAUAUGUCACUCACCGUACAGCCUCGCGCAACACCCAGUCGAGACCUACUAAAGGGUGCAGGUCUAACCUCCGACGACCACCCGACUGAAGAUCGACCAGUCAUGUCGGAAACGCCCAGCAGACAGCAAGUGCUGGCCCAACGCCUCGCGGCCCGCACACCCAGUCGAGACCUACCAAAGGGUGCAUGUCUAACCUCCGACGACCAGCCGACUGAAGAUCGACCAGUCAUGUCGGAAACGCCCAGCAGACAGCAAGUGCUGGCCCAACGCCUCGCGGCCCGCACACACAGUCGAGACCUACCAAAGGGUGCAGGUCUAACCUCCGACGACCACCCGACUGAAGAUCGACCAGUCAUGUCGGAAACGCCCAGCAGACAGCAAGUGCUGGCCCAACGCCUCGCGGCCCGCACACACAGUCGAGACCUCGGCGCAUCUACCAAGCUGUAA